GUGAAGGAGACUCGCGAGUCGCGAUACAGUCGCGGUUUGAUGGAACUGGGACUGGGAAGGCAACGACGGGAUCGCAGCGUAGAGAGAGCCGAAACUCCCAUCUUUCUCCUCCUGCCGCUCCGAUCCAACGCGAAACCCUGAAGGAAGGAAAAUAUUGUAACGCAAUCCAGCUUUGUUAUCACCGUGCCCUCAGCUCAAUCUUGAUAAGCCUUCGCCGUCAAUUAUUCAUGGGAACUUCGAAGACUGAGAAUCUUAAUGUCAACCUUAGAAAACAUCAUCGAAAUGAAAAGGAAGAGACUCCUUAUUACAAUCUCUUCUCGUCGGAGAAGAGGAUCUUUGCCUUUUGCCUGGCAUUCCGAGCUCUCAAUUCUUUUUUGGUGCAGACGUACUUCAAUCCCGACGAGCACUGGCAGGCCCUUGAGGUAGCCCAUCGGAUGGUAUUCGGUUACGGGCACCUCACUUGGGAGUGGAAGAAUGGAAUCCGUAGCUACCUUCACCCGUUGGUUUUCGCUGUGCUUUAUAAAGCCUUGGCCUUUCUUCGAUUGGAUAGUCCAUGGUUUAUGAUGCGGACUCCGCGGCUUUUUCAGUCCGUGAUUUCUUCUGUUGGGGACCUUUAUCUGUACAAGCUUUCACGAAUAGUCUUUGGUGAUCGGGUUGCAAAAUUUGUUCUAUUUUCUCAAUUAUCAAACUGGUUCAUGUUCUUCUGCAUGCCAAGGACAUUUUCGAAUAGCUUGGAAACUGUAAUGACUGUCACAGGUCUCUAUUAUUGGAUUUCUUUCCUUGGGUAUGCCAAGCAUGCGCCAUUUUUCUCUAGGAAGAAGGCUUUGUUUAUAUCAGCACUAGCUUGUGCGAUCCGACCUACAAGUGCUAUAAUAUGGCUUUAUGUUGGAUCUUUUGAUUUAUUUGGAAUACAAAAGAAGCUUAGAUUCCUAUUUCUUGAGGUACUAUCUAUAGGGAUUUUAGCAUUUGCGCUUACGUGUCUGCUAGAUUGGUGUUUAUAUGGGUCUUGGACCUUUGUGGCAAUUAAUUUUAUCAAGUUCAAUUUUUUUUCAUCUGGAGGGGAUUAUUACGGAACGCAUGUUUGGCAUUGGUACUUCACCCAGGGCUUCCCUGCAAUGCUUUUCACCUUCUUGCCCUAUUCUUUAUUUGGCAUAUUCAAGUCGAAUGAAUGGAGGCUUUCUGGCCUAAUUGCCUGGGUUUUAGGGAUCUACAGCAUACUUGGUCACAAAGAAUUUCGGUUUGUCUUGCCGGUUCUUCCAAUAGCUUUAAUGUUCUCAGGCUAUUCACUGGCAGCAUUAUCACACUCCAAGCAUCCUCUCCCUAAAAAGGGGAUAUUUUUUGGCACGAGAUGUCCAUCAAAGUUACGAUUAAGCAUUUUAUUUCUUAUUGUAACUAAUGUACCAAUGGCAUUAUAUAUGAGUCUAGUACACCAGCGGGGAAGUGAAGAUGUGAUGUACUAUCUAUCUAAAGAGGCAAAAGAUGGAAAAAUUAGGAGUAUUUUAUUUCUGAUGCCCUGUCACUCUACACCUUAUUACUCUUCCUUGCACCAAAAUCUUCCUAUGCGUUUUCUGGAUUGCUCUCCCAAUCAAGCUAAGGGUGCUCUAGAUGAGUCAGAUCAAUUCAUGGCGAACCCGUCUGAUUUUGUAUCAGAGAUAUUCCGGCUUACUUUGUUGCCUAGUCACAUUAUAGUAUUUGAAUCUCAAGAGCGUGCAUUGCGAGAAAUUCUCAGUCUAUUUUCUUUUACGGAGGAGAAGAGAUUCUUCCAUGCUCAUUUUAAAGUGGACCGUGAUCUUCAAGGGUCUAUAGCUGUUUAUGCACUGAAUGCUAGUUGAUGAGUAUAUUUUCCAAGUACAGGCUUGUCUUUUAUCUUACACCCUUUUUUUUUCUUUCUCGUCUCUCUUUGAUAUAUUCCCACAAAUUUUGUCAUGGCGGUACUUGUGUAAAAUUUCAAUUUGAUAUUCAGUGUAUCAUUUUUUUUUCCCAGUUCGGUUGU